AUGCCAAAGCUUGUAAUCUAUUUUACUUCCCGAGAUGUUUCUAAAGGCGUGGCCGCACUGGCUGAGGUUACUGGUGAACUAAAAAAUAAGGAUGUGCUGGAGGCCGAAGGUGGAGCAGCAGAGAUUAGAUUCGGUAUAUUAAAUGUUACGGACAGUACAAGUGUGAAAAACUUUAAAGAAACUAUUCGGAAUGUGUGUGGUGAGGUGGAUAUCUUGAUUAACAAUGCCGCUCUUGGGACCGAAUUUCAAGGGGAACCAUUUAGCUACGAAGUUAUUGAAAAGACUCUUAAAACUAAUUACUUUGGGCUAAAGAAGAUGACCGAAUCGUUUCUUCCAAUAAUAAAAAACCCUGGAGGUAGAAUAAUCAAUCUUUCUAGCGGGCUUGGGAGACUUACUGUGCUUCCAUCAGAAUCAUAG